AUGGUAGGGAAGGAAACAUCUGAUCCUGACGAUGGUCGACAAUGCCCGUUCUUUGAGGAGCUGCAUAUGGUUUUCACUGAUAGAGCAAACAACAUGCAGCGAUUACUCCUUGAGUCAGAAGCUGGUCCCGGCCAGGCGAAGAAGAGGGCUAAAAGAACUAAUGGGGAUCAAUUUGCAGAAGAUUUUUCGGAAGACGAAGAUGAUGAUGCAAAUGAGAGUGACAAAGAGGCGAUCACAAGAAGCAGCAAUCCUCGAAAAAGGAAGGCUGAGAGAGAAAAACGGGUGCAGACAGAAGCAUUGGAGAAACCUUCAAGACAGCCUAGUAUAGCACACUUCAAUACCAGUUGUAGUAGUCUCAGUGGUAUUCAAGAGAUGCUAUUGGAUUUCUUUCAGCAGCAACAGAAGAUUGAGAUACAGUGGAGGGAGUCAGUGGAGAGGCGUGAACAGGAGAUGCGAUUGUUUGAGCAAGAAUGGCGGCAGACAAUGGAGAAACUUGAAAGGGAGAAGAUUAUGAUUGAGCAGGCUUGGAGGGAGAAGGAAGAAAAGAGGUGGAUGAGAGAGGAGAGCCGAGCUGAGAAGAGGGAUGCCCUGUUGACGACACUUCUAAACAAACUCAUCCAUGAAAAUCAUCUUUGAGGUAGUUUACUCCUAGUGAUCUUACCAUGUACUUUGAAUUUGUGAUAUAUUACAGGCACGAGCAGACAUAUUUUUAGUUAGCUAUAAUGGUAAAAGGAAUAUAGGGAAAAUGAAACUAGUUGUAAAAUAUACAUACAUAGAGAGGACAUUAAUUUGUUUUAAUUAACUAAAGUGUAAAGUUGGGAUGUCGUAAUAGGACAAGCAGCAGUUUCAGUUAUUGGGAAUCACAAUCUCGGCAACAGUCUUAACAGAUGUAUAAUUUCGAAG